AUGAUCCACAAUACCGACCCGUCAAACUGGAAGCAGAAGCCCUUUCUCAAACGCAAAUUCGCAAAGAGAGAUGCGCGUCACGUGGAAGAUGAAGAGGAGAAUGAGAUAGAGCAGCCACAGAAGAAGAGAUGUAUUGAAGAAAAACCUCAGGAGAUAGUCAUAGAUGCAGUGUUCGACAAGGAUGAAAAUGCAGCUCUCGACGGUGGUGAUUCAGAUAGUGAUGGAUAUCUGUCUGAGGACUCUGACUUUACAAACGCAGUUGCAAAUGGUACAGGAAGAGCAAAAAAACAGAGGAGGAAGCUUGCUAAAUUGAAUGAAAAGUUGGUAGAUGAAGCUAAAUCAGAUGUAUUGAAGCGUAAAGUACUAUCAGGAUCUGCUUUAAGCUCGCUCUGUGACCUAGUUGAUGAAGAACAGUCUGUUCAAGCAUUACUCAGUUUGUUGAAUUGGUAUCGAGCUGCAUGUCAUUAUAAACCAUCAGGAGUUGAUAACCAUGACAUAGAAGACAGUGAGACAUUUGCCAAGGUGGUGAUUUUUGUGCUCCAAAAAGCUGAUCACACUUUCAGGAAUAUUCUGGGAAUAUCAGAGUCCAUUAACAAGGAGAAGGUUUUGAAGUUGAAGAACAACGCAAAAUGGGAUAGUGUAAAACCGCUGGUCAAAUCUUUCUUGAGAAGUACCAUUCAUCUUGUUCAGCAGGCUGCAGAUUUGGAGAUAGUCGUCUUUGCGCUUACCCAACUUAGAGUUUCUGUAGUAUUUCUUGCCGCAUUUCCAGAUUUGCUGAUAAAAUUGAUCAAGAUUUCUAUGGAUCUGUGGGUAACCGGUGAAGAGACUAUGUCGAAGCAGGCUUUUCUAGUCUUGAAAGACAUCAGCAUGGUUUUUAACUCAGAAUGCUUCGACACCUGCUUAAUCAACAUAGAUUCUCUCGUUGAGCUAUGCUCUCAAGAUAUGCAGAAGUCUUACACCAAGGCAUCUGUUUCCAUCACACAACUUGCCAAGUUAUUGAAGAUGGCUCUCACUACAAAGAAUAAGGAAGCUCUCGAGAAGAUACAUAGCGAGCAGUACACAAACUGUGUUGAUCUCUGGGUGAAUUUUAUCGCCGCCAACAUUCAGGAUUUUGAUCUCCAGCCUCUGCGUUAUACUAUAGUUCAGGUUAUAAAUGGAGUCGCUACACUGUUUAUUGGACCAAGCGGUGUAUUCAUGCCGAUAGCAUCAUUGGUAUUGGAUAUGUUGGAAUACAAAACCACAAAUGACGGUGAAAAGCAAAAGAAGUUCGAAGCUGUCUCAACCGUAAAGCUGCCAAAAAAUUGGUUAAAGUCUCAAAAUUUUCAAGAACAGUGCAUCUUCUCUGUGGUUGAACUUCUUGCUGUCCACUUUGCUCUAGUGGAGCUUCCACAUAUCAUUUCCAGAGCUUGCUACUAUUCCAGUCAUGAGGCUGAGGAACUUCAACGAGAGAACUACUCUGGAAGGCUUGAAGCGGGUUGUGAAACGCUUCAUCGAGCAGGUGGAGUCGAAUAUUGA